GUUUGCGGACCGCCAUGAUAUAUAAAAGUACUCAGUCCUCGUUGACGUCUCUUGCUUGUACAAUGUUUUUCGUCUGCUAGUGCUAGCUAGGUAAUAAAUAAGAUAUUAUCUUCGCUGUGUGUUACCUUAUCAAAAUGUCUGCAAAGAACCAGCAAGAGAACGAAAACAUUGCUGAGGGAGAGUCUACGCUGAAGGAGGAAUUAAACAAAAAGAUCAAGGAACAGAAAAUUGUGUUUGAUGAGCUCUCCAAUCUGAAGAAAAACAGGAGGGUCUAUGUUCAACAGCCCAACAGUAACAUAUUCUUCUUGGCAGACAGAGGGCAGACUCUUGCUUCAUGCAAAAAGGAACUCGACAGCAUGAAGAAGGAUAUGUAGAAUCUACUCAAUCCGGGACGGAACUACAAAUAAGGCCUUACUAGCUAUAAAUAUGUGUG